CAUUCACACUGGCAACUGGGAAAACUUCCUUCGGUGGCAGUUAAAAAUACACCUUCUAAUUUGAAUCUGUGUUGUUAGUAGUUUUGUAAGGCUGUAGGGAGUCUGAGAUGGCCAAGAAGGUGGCAGGUUUAGGGCCACUGUCGAGGCGUCCAGAUAACUCGGCGUUUAAACAGCAGAGAUUACCAGCCUGGUCUCCAUCUCUCACGGCACAGACCGUCCUGCCAAUCUUCUACAUCCUAGCUGUCGUGUGCCUGCUGCUGGGCAUCUGGCUCCUCAUCACUGUCCAGAACACACACCAACUGAAGGUGGACUACACCGAUGCUGGAACAUGUGAAGGAUGCUUCAAGCUUCAUGCCAGCAACAACAGAACGGUGUGCACAUGUUCAGUCAACUUCUACGUUCCAAGACCCUUCCUGGGCGACGUGUUCUUCUACUACGGUCUGAGGAACUUUCAUCAGAACCUGCGGAGGUACAUGGACUCCCGCGAUGAUGCACAGAUGGUGGGGAGGAAGAACAACCUGAAGGCACCGAGUUCGUACUGUGCUCCGUUUCAUUACGAUGCAAACGGGGUACCCAUCGCCCCCUGCGGUGCUGUGGCCAACAGCAUGUUCAACGACUCAUUUACACUGAUGUAUCAUCAAGCUAAUGGGGCAGAAGUGCAAAUUCCACUCUAUAGGAAGGGCAUCGCUUGGUACACAGACAAAAAUGUCAAGUUCCGCAACCCUCCGACUAACGACACGUUUUCCCUUCGACAAGCCUUUGAAGGCACGACUCGGCCCUUAUACUGGCAGCGCUCGGUUUAUGAGCUGGAUGACACAGACUCCAACAACAAUGGUUUCAUAAAUGACGACCUGAUUGUUUGGAUGAGAGAGGCAGCCUUCCCUAAUUUCAAAAAGCUUUAUGGUGUUCUCAAUCGUGCUCGAGAGCCUUUCACUGAAGGCCUGCCCGCCGGCAACUACAGCAUCUCUAUAAAUUACAAUUUUCCUGUCGAGCCCUUCAGAGGCCGAAAGGAGCUGGUGAUCUCAAUGGUGACCUGGUUUGGUGGGCAGAAUUACUUUCUGCCCAUUGCAUAUCUGGUGACCAGUGGGCUGAUCCUGGUGACUGCUGUCGUUCUCACAACAGUGUUUGUCAAAUUUGGCAAAAACGGCAAGAACAUGGAGGAAUAAACCAAAGGAAGAAGGAACUGUCUAUCAGGAAAGAAAGACAAACGGUGUGCUUCAGAAUCACUAAAAUCAAGCAGUUUAAAAC